GUGAUGUCAACACACUGUGUGGAGGCCAUGUGAUUACCCAUGAGCCCCAGUGGUCAGUUUCCAUAGAGAAUCCCAGGUACCUGCGGCAGGGCAAAUUUAGUGGUUAAAUUGUCAUUGACUAACAGCUGGAGGGUGGAUAUACCACUGAUUAUACUGAACAGUUGCAGCUGCAGUCAGAGUGACUUCCAAACAAAUCUCUUCUCAUCCAACCUAUAGUAAAGAGUAUCCAAUGCCUACACAAAAACAAGGUGAGCUUCUAAAUGAAACAAGAUGAGCUACCUCUGGUCACUUGCUGUUCAACUAAAACCUUGUAGCAUUGGUUUGCUAGUAAGGCAGACAGCCACCCUCAGGACAUUACUACCAAGAUGCUGCGUAUAUUCCUCUGGAGCCAAAGAGCCUUUCUUAAGUGGAACCAAUUCCAGUUAUGUAGAGGAAAUGUAUUAUGCAUGGCUGGAGAAUCCUAAAAGUGUCCACAAGUCUUGGGAUGCUUUCUUCCGUAAUGCUGAUGCUGAGUCCCCUCCUGGAGAAGCACAUCAGCUACCUAACAUAGCUGAAAGACAAAACAAAGUAACGCUGUUUCGAAGCCAAGGUCUUGCUAUGGCGCCGGCUAAAGCUGAGAAGCUGGUGGAGGACCACCUUGCAGUGCAGUCGUUAAUCAGGGCAUAUCAGAUCCGUGGACAUCAUGUGGCUCAGCUGGACCCUCUUGGAAUCUUGGAUGCAGAUUUGGACUCUUUUGUUCCAUCUGAUCUUAUCACUACUAUUGAUAAACUUGGUUUCUAUGGUUUGCACGAGGGGGAUCUCGAUAAAGUUUUCCGACUGCCAACAACCACUUACAUUGGAGGUAAUGAAACCGCCCUGUCUCUGCGAGAAAUCAUUGGCAGACUGGAGAAUUCAUAUUGUCAACACAUUGGGCUGGAGUUUAUGUUCAUCAAUGAUGUUGAACAGUGCCAGUGGAUCAGACAAAAGUUUGAGACUCCUGGUAUCAUGAGGUUUACUGCUGAUGAAAAAAGAACACUGCUAGCGAGAUUAGUGCGUUCCACCAGGUUUGAGGACUUCCUGGCUCGCAAAUGGUCAUCAGAGAAGAGGUUUGGCUUGGAAGGUUGUGAAGUGAUGAUCCCAGCUUUGAAAGCCAUCAUUGAUAAGUCCAGUGAGAUGGGUCUGGAGUAUGUGAUACUUGGAAUGCCGCAUAGAGGCAGACUAAAUGUUUUGGCAAAUGUGAUACGUAAAGAUUUAGAACAGAUCUUUUGUCAGUUUGACCCUAAACUGGAAGCUUCAGAUGAGGGAUCAGGGGAUGUGAAGUAUCAUUUGGGAAUGUACCAUGAGCGCAUUAACCGAGCCACCAAUAAGAAACUCACCCUGUCAUUGGUUGCAAAUCCUUCUCAUCUUGAGGCUGUGGAUCCCGUAGUUCAAGGAAAGACCAAAGCAGAGCAGUUUUAUAGGGGAGACAAUGAAGGAAAAAAGGUGAUGUCCAUACUUGUCCACGGGGAUGCAGCCUUUGCUGGACAAGGUGUCGUAUAUGAGACUUUCCAUCUCAGUGACCUUCCUUCUUAUACCACCAAUGGAACCAUUCACGUUGUAGUCAAUAACCAGAUUGGAUUUACCACAGAUCCUCGUAUGGCCCGCUCUUCUCCUUACCCUACUGAUGUGGCUCGUGUGGUUAAUGCACCCAUAUUCCAUGUGAAUGCCGAUGAUCCUGAAGCUGUAAUGUAUGUAUGCAGUGUGGCUGCGGAGUGGAGGAACACCUUUAAUAAAGAUGUGGUGGUGGAUCUGGUUUGCUACCGCCGCAGCGGGCACAAUGAAAUGGAUGAGCCGAUGUUUACCCAGCCUCUGAUGUACAAACAGAUCCACAAACAGGUUCCAGUCAUGAAGAAGUAUGCUGACAAGCUGAUCUCCCAAGGGAUUGUGUCCUUGCAGGCGUUUGAGGAAGAGAUUGCCAUGUAUGACAAGAUUUGUGAAGAGUCCUAUACACAAUCCAAGGACAAGAAAAUCCUUAACAUAAAGCAUUGGUUGGACUCUCCUUGGCCUGGCUUCUUUACACUGGAGGGAGAACCUAAAAGCAUGACCUGCCCCCCCACGGGUAUUCCUGAGGAUAUGCUAUCCCACAUUGGCAAUGUAGCCAGCUCUGUGCCAGUGGAGAAAUUUAAAAUUCAUGGCGGACUCUCUAGGAUCUUGAAGGGCAGAUUGGAAAUGACAAAGAAUCGCCUGGUAGACUGGGCACUGGCUGAGUACAUGGCAUUUGGCUCUUUGCUAAAAGAAGGAAUUCAUGUUAGACUAAGCGGACAGGAUGUGGAAAGGGGAACCUUUAGCCAUCGUCAUCAUGUUUUACAUGACCAAGAUGUUGACCGCAGAACCUGUGUCCCAAUGAAUCACCUCUGGGAAGGCCAAGCUUCAUAUACUGUGUGUAACAGCUCCUUAUCGGAAUAUGGCGUUCUGGGUUUUGAGCUUGGUUUUGCCAUGGCAAGCCCCAAUGCCUUGGUUUUGUGGGAAGCUCAGUUUGGUGAUUUCCACAACACAGCACAAUGCAUAAUUGACCAGUUUAUCAGCUCUGGACAGGCCAAGUGGGUCCGGCACAAUGGUAUUGUGCUGCUCUUACCCCAUGGAAUGGAAGGAAUGGGUCCUGAGCAUUCUUCAGCCAGACCUGAAAGGUUCCUGCAGAUGAGCAAUGAUGACUGCGAUGCUUAUCCUGAAUUUACACAAGAUUAUGACGUUACCCAGCUGUAUGACUGCAACUGGAUCGUAGUGAACUGUUCCACUCCAGGCAACUACUUCCAUGUUCUCAGACGACAGAUUUUAUUGCCCUUCCGCAAACCGCUGAUUGUGUUUACACCAAAGUCAUUGCUGCGGCACCCUGAAGCAAAGUCUAGUUUUGAAGAAAUGAAGCCAGGUACCAUCUUCCGCCGCCUGAUUUCUGAAAGUGGAGCAGCUUGUCAGAAUCCUCACAAUGUGAGACGGGUCAUUUUCUGCACUGGGAAGGUUUAUUACGAGCUUGUCAAGGAAAGGCAUCAAAAACAGUUGGAAAGCCAAGUAGCAAUCACAAGGCUGGAGCAGAUAGCUCCAUUUCCGUAUGACUUGGUGAAGGAAGAGGUAGAGAAAUAUCACAGGGCAGAAUUAGUGUGGUGCCAGGAGGAGCACAAGAAUAUGGGUUACUAUGACUAUGUUAAACCACGCUUCCUCACCCUUCUGAACCACACCAGACCAAUUUGGUAUGUUGGACGCGACCCGGCAGCUGCUCCAGCCACUGGCAAUAAAAACACUCACCAUAUGGAACUAAAGAGAUUUUUGGACACAGCCUUCAGUUUGGAGUGUUUUGAUGGGAAAACCUUCUGAUACAGGAGAAUAAUUAGUAUAACAGAGUAUUACAGUAAUAGAAUACCUCAUAACCUCUAAAUAAAUCAUUUUAGGAACUGUA